CUUCCGCAUGCCGCGCUUCCGGCCCGCGGCGUCACUUCCGCCUGGCCCUUCCGGCCGCCGCGCUCGAUGGUGGCCGCCUCCGCUCUGGCCGGCCGGCUCCAUGCGGGCCGUGGGGCGAUGGAGCCGGACUGCAAGCGGAGGAAGAUGGAGGCGCCAGAGGACCCCCCGUGGGAGGCGUUGCUGGUCCUGCCCGAGCUGGAGUCGCAGGAGGUCGAGCUGACCCCGGCCUACGCCGCCCCCGUGCUGCUCAGGACCGAGACGUCCCGCCUGGUGCGGGAGCUGUCGGCCGCGCGCCCCCUGACGGCGCUCCCCCACCUGAAGCGCGUGCGGGCGUGGGGGGGCACUCGGCCGCUGGAGGUGCUCCUCUGCCUGGCCGGCCCCUCGCCGGACGCCUCGCCGACCCUGGCGGAGCUGCUCCCGGACGGGCGAGUGGACCUCCGUGGCCUGGGAGAGCCCUUCCUGGUGCGGGUGCCGGCACGGGCCCCCCUCACCCGGCCCCAGUUUGAGGAGGCCGCCCGGCACUGGCCCACGGCUUUCCACGAGAACAAGCGGACCAGCCAGGCUCUGGCCGGGCGGCUCUUCACGCCCCAGGACAAGGCGGCCAUGGAAACUCACAUGGAGCACGCCGUCCGCGCUGCGUGCCGGGGGGCGGAGCUGGGGAUGGUGCCGGCGGGCGCCGCCGUGGUCGACCCGGCCACGGGGCGGGUCCUGGCGGUGGGGCACGACUGCCGGAACGGCCUCCACCCGCUGCUCCACGCCACCAUGGUCUGCAUCGACCUGGUGGCCUGCGGCCAGGGCGGCGGGACCUACAACUACCGGGACUAUCCCGCCUGCUCCUUCCUGCCCCGGGACGGGCGCCCUCAACCUGGCAACGGGCUCCCCUACAUCUGCACCGGUUACGACCUGUACCUGACCCGGGAGCCCUGCGCCAUGUGCGCCAUGGCCCUGGUCCACUCCAGAAUCCAGAGGGUCUUUUACGGCGUGUCCUCCCCGCACGGGGCCUUGGGGACCCGAUACCGCAUCCACGGCCGCCAAGACCUGAAUCACCGCUACGAGGUCUUCAGCGGCGUCCUGGAGGGGCCGUGCCAACGCCUCGGCCAGGAGCCCGCUGCCCGCUAGCUGCGGGGGUCUUUUUAUGGGGCUUGUUUUUAUGCCGUUGGUUUUAAACGCCGAGCUUCAUGAUGGGGUGUGUGUGUUUUGGGUUUUUUUUGUAAUAAAGUUGUUUUAAUGGGGA